UGUGUUAGCAGCUAAAAGUGUAGAAGUCGGCAUUAUUAGCAACAGCAACAUUUACAGCGGCUAUGAACCAGAGGUUUAAAAAUACCGAUGUAACGGAUGCACUGGAGAAACUUAAUUUGAAGUAUCUGGAGCGGAGGAAACAGCCGCUACCUCCAGGUGAGGUGACCUCAGGACCCAGUGAUGAGGCAGGACGAAGGCUUUUUUUGGCCCACAACAAGUCCAAUCAGCCAUGCAAAGAGUUGAAGAGCUACCAUGAAGCUUUACGCGAGCUGCUCAAAGCAGUCGCCAGCCACCCCGACCAGUUUGCCUCGGAUCAUAGUUUGCAUGGCAGCAAUGUGGACCUGAGCGCAGACUCUACAGUGGUCCCACUUCAGGACUCUCAGCUGCUGUUUACAGAAACAGAUGUGACUUUGCCUUCGUGUCUAGACGGUAGUUCUGUGUCCCAGGACACAGACAGAGACAGACAGUUGCAGUGGGCUCGCCAGUUCCCUGCCUCACGUGACUCCUCUUCCUCUGUAUUGGUGGCAGUUUACAGAGAGAUGAUGACCAUCUAUGAACAACUAAAGGCAGAGCGACGCAGUCAGCAGCAGUGGGAGAGGGAGCUGCAUGAGCGAGAAGGGAGAUUGAAACAACAGGAGGAGGCUUUUGGAAGGCUCGCCGGCCUGGAGGAGACGGUGCACACUAGCAUUCUGGCUGUACAGGAGAAACACCAGCAAGAACUGGACCAGCUCCAGGACCUUCUUCGAGAGCGGAGCAAAGAGAACAAGAGGCUCAGAUCCAGCUUUGACACCAUCAAGGAGCUCAACAGCACCAUGAAGAAACAGUUGAAUGAGUUCAGCGAGCAGAAUAAGAAGCUGGAGAGCCAGUCCAAGAGAGUGCAGGCUCGCCUUGAAAACCUACAGAGGAAAUACGAGCACAGCAUAGCAUCAACAGGCUGUCAGAAAGGGAGUGCUAAAAGCACAGAGUGUAUGAAAUACACCUACAAAAAGGAGAAAACGUCCGCCCCAGGAAGACAGAGCGAGGAGGGCAGCUCAAGUCCAACACCACGGAAGCUCCUGCUGCUUCUGCUAGACUGGGUGCUCGAUGGACCAAUAUUUGGAGCAGCAGCAGGAAAUGAAGUGAAAGGUGUUCGCCAGUGUCUGCCUCCGGAGGUUGUACUCAGUGAGAGAUGUCUCAAGGUGCUGCCAUUAUUAGCAGAUGAGCUUCAUCGCACUCCUUUGUCAGAACCUGAACUCCUUCUCAACCUUCUUCGUCUCACUUACUGGGCUCUGAGACACUUGGACAGUAGUACACAGCACGUAGCGCUAUCCGCUACUCUGCGAAGGAUAGGAGAGGUAGUGUCAAGACCUUCAGCCCAGUCGACGGUGCUACAGUUUGAAGAUCCAGAUCUGCCCACGUCCUGCAUCGAAGCAGCUGGACCUUUCAGGAGCUGGCCACUUUACAGGAGUUCAUGUCCUCACACGCGUAUCUUAUCCAUCCUGAUCAUCCUUCGCACAGUCACACAAGCUGAUGUACUGGCCCAGGCCCUCGACAGUCUUCAUACCGAGCUGAUGUGCGAGGAGAGUCGAGGCCUCUACAUCCGCUACGGAGGAGUGCGCGUGCUGCUGUCGAUGCUCCGGGCUGGUCGCGCAGGUCUGCACACGGCUGUGGACAUCCUGAUGCAGCUAACUCAGCAGUCUCGCUACUUAAAUUCCUUUUUGGAGGCAUGUAGCUGUGAGGAGUUUCUCAGCACAGCUUCCCAGCUCCUUAAAAACCCUCGCCUGGAGCUCCCAACGCUGGAGAAACUCUCCAUCCUUCUGCAGAAGCUCUCCGGCAUCAGAACCGUCGUCUGUUUGAGCUCACCUCCCUCCACCUCCAGAUACAAGAGCUGCAUCACAAAACCAACCCCACACACACCUUCCUCUGCCUCAACCUCAGAUCCAUCCUCCACAACCUCAAAUGACCACACACGUCCGUUACUCUGCCUCGCGGUAGUUUCGAUCGGCUUACGGUCUUUAUGUGUUCUCGUACUGUGUUUUGUCAUAGGUGAAAGGCCUACCUCAAUCUGCACACAUUCAUUCUUAAAUAUUAACACAGUCAUAUGUCACUUGUCUGUCAGAAGCACUUUUUAUUAUGUUUUUUUUUUGUUACACAAUCGUAAUCUAAUAAUUUUUUUCUCUGAUAAAAUCUUUAAAAACAUACUAAAAAAAGAGAGGUUAUGGCUGCGCAUUUUCUAUGGCAAUAAACUAAAAGGGCUGAAGUACAUUAAGUUUGGAUGGCAUAUGAAUUGUGGAAGUCCACAUGCUUUGUACGAACAUAUCUUAUUUAUUUGUUCCAUAACUGGGUUGAUGGGGGUAAUGGUCUCAGUAUGAGACACACUGGUGUGGGUUGAUGUAGGAUAUUGGACUGACUGGAACAAUUACAGCUGAUAUUUAAAGUGUACUUGGUGAAAACCAUUUGGGUUGUCCUUGCAUGGUCUGAAUUUGAAAGGGAGGUAUCCAAGCUUUUUUUUUUUUCCCCGAAGACUACCACAGGAUCCAAUUUAGUAAAUUAACUACACAUUUAUGAAUUUGAAAACUUCUGCUCAGGUCAGGAUUUCAGGAGAGAGAGCCUGGUGGAUAUUGCGCCCUUUUGUUGGUUUUAGAGUUAAGUAAAGUUUACCUGGUCACUGAGGUGCCUUAGUUGAACUGAGUCUAUGAAUUAUAUAAUGAUAUAAUUCUCUUUGUCAUCCUCUUGAGGUACAUCGUGUCAGUUUCAAACUGUUCUAACAACAUAUCGCAUUUUACGAACUAGCAUUACAAAGAGUGAUGAUUUAGGACGGUUGAAAAUGUUUCUCAGUUUCUGUUUGCACUACAGAAGCAUAUUUGUCUUUAAUUUUUUAAUUAGAUCUAGAAAAUUUAACCAUUUACCUCCUGAGACCUUGCAUCCACAUAUGGGGACAUUAAGUUUUAGGUUUUAUUGCAGCUUAUUCUGCUUCAUUUAAACCCGUUGUCCUUGUUAAUGGACACUUUAGUCUGCCAUCUAGUGGUAGCAAGGAGGCAAUACAAUAGCCGGUAAAAACAAGAUAGCGGACAGAUUCAUUCUAAAGAUGAUCACAGGACAAAAGUGGACGGGACCCCAUCAGAUUCUACAGUUAAAACUUAUUUAUUUAUGCUUAUUAGCGUUUCUAUUUCUAAAUGACCUGCAUAUCUAGCAAAUUUUAUCAAUAGCAACGAGCUACAGCCUCGCUAAUUAGCAAGUACUCGUUUGAGGAUGUAAGGACUUCAUUGUUCACAAUUCAGGUGUCCACAUAU